GGUGCUGGGAGGACACCUAUGGAGCUAUGGACACCCCUAGGACACAUGGGGAUGCUGGGAUCCAUCUAGGACAAGGAUACACUGCUUCCCAGGCCUAAUGCCCCCCAACUCGGUGUGACCCCUCCAGUCUGGUAUGUCCCUCCCCCAGCCUGGACUAUGCUUCUGUCCCAAGGAGCAGGGGUGCUGAGCUGGGGCAGAGCACUGGGCCAGCCCUGCCCAUGUGUCACGGGAGAUGCUCUCAGCAGGGCUCAGCCGUGGGCUGCCGGGAGCUGAGCCAUCACGAGCUCCUCACACAUCCUGCAGAGUCUGGCAGGUUCUCCACACUCUCUCUGCUUCACUUCCCACCCGGCCACCGCUGCAGAAGGGACACAAAGAUGGACCCUGCAUGGCACCAUGGGGACACCCGGCACCCACAGCCCAUCUCCAGUCUGGCCAGAGGCUUUCUGGGCAGCGUCACCCCAGGUGUCUCCAACCUUUGGGGACGCACAGGCACGAUGGCACGUGUGACAAUGUCCUCUCUCAGCACCCCGGGUCAAUAACCGGGUGGCCAAGGCGCUCGGCGGGGUCGGGACAGUGCGAGGGGAACGCCAAUGGGAGCCCGCAGCAGCGGCAGAGGGAGGAGCGUGCGGGAGGCUGCAGUGGUUAAACUGAAGAAGGAGCGGCGGCCGCCCCGGUCCCUGCCCUGGGGACUCUGACCCCGUGGGCUGUCAAGGGGAGCUGAGGCAGGCGGUGCCCAGCAGCCCCACAGCCACCGGGACAGAGCUAGGGAGAAGCAGAGCAGAAUGGAGCCCACCAUGGAGCUGGCAGAUGACCCCAGAGCUGGAUAUAGUCCAACUUGCCAUCAUGGGCCUUGCCACCAUCAUGACAUUGCUGUCGGUCGCAAUCUUUGUGGAAGAGGCUUUCUACCUGAUUCGCAAGAUCCGCUGCCCCAUCAAGAUGAGGACCCUCUGCUGGAGCAGCUCGGCUCCCACGGUCGUGUCAGUGGUCAGCUGCUUUGGGCUGUGGUUCCCGCGCUCCAUGAUGGUGGUGGAGAUGGCUACUACAGCGUACUUUGCCGUCUGCUUCUACCUCCUGAUGCUUGUCAUGGUGGAGGGCUUUGGGGGGAAGGAGGCAUUGCUCAGCACCCUGAAAGAUGUGCCCAUGGUGGUCAGCACUGGGCCCUGCUGCUGCUGUUGCCCCUGUCUGCCCCGAAUCACCAUGAGUAGGAGAAAGCUUCAACUGAUGAUGCUGGGGACUUUCCAGUACGCCUUCUUCAGAGCAGUAGCUGUCUUCCUGGGGCUGGUCCUGGCUGCUGAUGGGAACUACAACCCUGCUGAUAUCUCAGCAGAGAGUGUGGCCCUCUGGAUCAAUACUGUGGUUGGUGCCUCCACCCUCUUUGGGCUGUGGGCCCUGGGCAUCCUCUUCCGGCAAGCCCGGUUGCACCUGACAGAGCAAAACAUCAAGGCCAAGUUCUCCUGCUUCCAGAUCCUCCUCCUCCUGACAGCUCUGCAGCCUGCCAUCUUCAGCAUCCUGGCCAACAAUGGCAGCAUUGCUUGCUCUCCACCCUUCUCCUCCAAGGCCAGGUCACAACAGAUGAAUGUGCAGCUAUUGAUCCUGCAAACCUUCAUCUUGGUGGUGGUGACACGGAUGUACUACCGCAAGCAGGAUGACAAACCAGGCUACCAGCCUGCCAGCUUCUCACCCAUGGGCACUGACAUCAAGGUGUGAGCAGAAGGGAGCAAAAAAGGACGGAGGGACAGAGCAAGGUGAGGGUUUGGUCUGCCUUGUACAACCUUCUCCUUCCACCAGCCCUGGGAAGCUGCUUGCAGCAGAGGAGGCAGAGAGGGAAAGGGCACCUCAGUGUGGGGUGAAAGGGUCUGAAAGCUGAAGGCCACAACUCCAGCCUAGGAGUUCUUGUCUGGUACUGAAUAAAGAUAUAUUUGUACCUGG